AUGAAUAAAGAUUUAAAUCCUGAUGAAGAUUUAAAUGCUAGUGAUGAUUUAAAUGAUGAUAAUGAUGAAAAAUAUGAGGAAAGUAGUACACCAGUUAUUUAUGAAACACAAUGUCAAGAUCAACCGAUUGUUAGAUCAUCAAAAUUAGGUCUAUUAGAAUAUUUUGGUAGUUUAGCACUGCUAUUUGAUGAAUCACAUAAAGGAUCAGUAAUGGCUACAUCACCAAUGGAAUGUGCUAUAAUGGGAAAAGAAAACAUUUGA